AUGAAGAGAAAACCUAUCACCGUGGAUUCUCCUUCGAAAAGGCAGCCCCGACAGGAUCCAGUGUCCUGCGAGUCAUGCAGGAAGAAAAAGCUCAAGUGCGAUCGCACCCUUCCGUGCAGCAGCUGUUCCUCUCGGAGAUUACCUUGCAGCUAUGGAAAUCACGGGUCCGUGGAGAGUCCGCGUUUGAUUCCGAGUUACACAGAAAGAAUUUCACCGAACGACAGAAUUGAGCCACGCUCUCAGGUGCCCACAUGCCAGCCGGAGCCUCGCAAUCGUGUCAGAGAUGACCCGCAAAUGACAGCAAACAGACUGGAGACUUUUGUCAUGGUACACCGGGUCCCAGCUGCCGUCUCUACUCUUCGGGGCCAUUUUUCCCAGCCGCAGAUCGAGUCUCGUCCACGCCAACAAGCUAGGGGCGUCACAUUUCUUCAUGAUGAUUGUACGGCAUCCCAUGAGAACCCAGCUACGGUACCACUUACGUCCUAUCUGCCGGCGGAAAGUAAGGUAAUGGAUCUUGUGGAUUACUACUGUGAAUAUCUUGAUUACCAGUAUCAUAUCAUCAUCCCUGACCGCACCAAGCGAGAUAUCCACGUGUUAUAUGAGAAUAUUGCACAAAAUGCGCCUGUCGAUCUCAAUGUUCUGGCGCUUUUGUUUAGCAUAUCCGCUACAGCGCUGUUUUUUCAACUUCUCAAUGCGGAAUCGGCAGAGUCUGCCGAGAAUCGAAGUAGAGACACGGCGUUUCUGGCGGGCGCAGCGCUGAUUCAAAGCAACUUUAUGUCUUAUCCAACUGUCGCAGGACUGCAAGCAACGCUUAUCAUCGGACAUCAUCUAUCAGGCCUGAUGUUAAGUCCAUCUGUCGCCUCCUUAUUUAUGCAGGGUACUAUGAUCAGUAUAGCAAAGAGUUUGGGACUGCAUGUCUUGGACUCCCCCAGCUCUGUAGAUGAUCGUCGGAUGAAUAGCUACGAUAAGACUGACGUGGAACUCAAACGAAGGCUGUGGUGGGAUCUUGCGACCUAUGACUGGCUUCUCGGGUUUCUCAGCGGACCACAGGAAUUAACUUACACCAUCAACCCGAAACAUAUGAACGUGCGACUUCCUUUGAAUAUCGAAGAUGAGGAUAUAGAAACCGGAAUCACGAAGCCGCUUUCUACUCCCACGUGCAUGUCAUACACAAUUGUUCGUUUGGAGUUGGCGCAAGUAUGCCAAGAGAUCGUCGACGGAAUGGCUCCGGCACAUUUCAAGGACGAGGAAGUGCCUUAUGAGAGGAUACUCGAACUAGAGCGCAAGCUUCAUGACGCAUACGCGAAAAUUCCCGCUUUCUUCCGAUACGAUCAAACCUCACGACGUGAGUUUGCAAACCUCCACCGCGAGCGACCAGUGCUUUCCUGGCAACGAACGUUUAUCCAACAAGGAUACCAUGUCAGGUUCUGCCGGUUACAUCGACGGUACUUUCUCCGCGGUGCUAGGGAUCCACGCUAUUCCUACUCUCAUGUGGUGUCACUUCAAUCCGCGCGAAAGGUGCUAGAGUUGAAGCGCAUCAUGGACGAGGAACAGCCUGUAUUCGCACCCAACGGCUCUUUCUUCUGGGCUGUCAUGCAUCAUGUGUUCAUAGCAGCUGUGACAUUGCUUAUGAAUGUAUGUUUCAACUGGGAUGAUAUCCUAGCCGAAAGACAGAAGGAGGAAGUUCUUGAUGCCUGUCGCAUGCUUAGCCAUGCUCAACAGGUUUCUUGUAUCGCGCGAGAGGGCAUCAAUGAGAUGAUGGGUAUAUUGCGGAAACACUGGAAACAGAAAAAGAGGCCCAUGUCGGGUUCGCAACCUGGGCCACUAUCAAAAGCCCAGCAUUUCCAUGAAAACUCUAAUGCGAAUGAGUUGAUUCCAUUUGCACCUUCUUCUGAAUACCCUUCGCCUGGUGGGAAUACAUUCGAUCCCAGAACCGCCGAUCUCAAUAUGGUACCACUGGAGGACCUGUGGAGUGAAAUGCUCGAUGACAGUGCUCACGUGGGGCUGGAUACACCAGCAUGGAUGGACUUAUUCAAUGAGCUUACACAUACCAGUGUUCCGUAUUAG